AUGACCUUAGAAUAUACAAACAUCGAGGACUUUCCGGAGAUUGUCACAGAUCUCCGGAAAACAUUCUCUAAAAACGUAACAAAAUCGAUUGCAUAUCGAAAACAACAGCUCCAACAACUUUAUUACUUGAUUGAGGAAAACGAAGAAUUAAUUUUCGACGCGGUCGCCAAAGAUUUUCAGAGAUCGAGAACAGAGGCUUGGCUAGGUGAAACGGCAUUGCUUAAGGCGGAAAUUAUCGAAUUUGUCAAUAAAUUGGAUGAAUGGGCGAAACCGCAAAUUGUUGAAACGUCAAUUGCGUACAAGUUUAAUAAGUGCUACAUUAUCAAAGAGCCAAUAGGAACCGUUCUCAUUAUUGGAACGUGGAACUAUCCGAUAUCGCUAUCACUAGCUCCAUUUGCAGGAGCAAUGGCAGCGGGUUGCACAGCAAUCUGUAAACCAUCUGAGGUUGCCACCCAUUCUGCUAAACUCAUAGGCGAGUUGUUCCCGAAAUAUCUAGAUCAUAAUGCCUAUCGCAUUGUGCAAGCCGGACCGGAAGGAACUGUCAAGUUGCUCGAACAGAAGUUUGACCACAUUUUCUAUACGGGUUCAACUGCUGUCGGGAAAAAGGUUAUGGAAGCUGCUGCGAAAAAUUUAACACCUGUUACUCUUGAACUUGGCGGUAAGAGUCCAGUAAUUGUGGCAAAUGAUGCGAAUAUUCUGAUUUCUGCUAAGCGUAUUAUUUGGGGAAAGAUUUAUAAUUGUGGACAGACAUGCAUAGCGCCGGACUACAUCAUCUGCGAAAGACUAGUGCAAACUGCGUUGAUAGAUUCAAUUCCUAAAGUCCUUGAAGAAUUCCUAGGAGAAAAUAUAAAACAAAGUAAAGACUAUGCACGUAUCGUGAAUCAACGACACUUUGAUCGUCUGCAGAAUAUGCUUCUAUCGACCAAAGGAAACAUAUUAAUCGGCGGAGAUUCCGAUCGUGAUGAUUUAUACAUUGCACCAACCGUGGUGACUGAUGUCACAAAAGAAGAUAGUCUAAUGCAGGAAGAAAUUUUUGGUCCGAUAUUGCCGAUUGUAGUUGUUGAAGAUAUCGACGAAGCUAUCGAGUUCGUGAAUAACAGAGAAAUACCAUUAGCUCUUUAUCCAUUUACUAGUAGUAAGAAACUAGCAAAGCAUAUACUUGACAAUACGCAAUCUGGUGGUGUAUGCGUGAACGAUUGUAUUUUACAUUUUGCAAUUCCAACUCUACCAUUCGGUGGCAAAGGAAACUCCGGAAUGGGCAACUACCAUGGCAAGAAAUCAUUUGACACAUUCACUCAUGAACGCAGCACAAAUGAAACACCAUACUACGUCGAGAAACUUUUAGGUUCGCGAUAUCCACCCUACACAAACUUCAAAAUAUGGCUCUUGCAGCUAUUGAUUCAUGUUAGACCAAAUUUUCCAAGGAAUACAUGGAGUGAUCGGAUGCGGCGCUUAUUUGUAAAGAUUUUGAAGUUUAUCGUGUAUUCAGCUUUUCUUUCUUAUUUAGGUAGUCCUUUAGUUGGAAGGGGGUAUAAAUAUUUGUCUCAAUACUAA